AUGAUCAUUCCUAACGAGAAGCUGGCGCCUUAUCCUUCAGAGGACAAGAAGGCUUCCGAAAUCACAGAUGCUCAGAUGAAGCAGAACGAUGGCGCAGGCCAACCCCCGCCCUACGAAAUACACCGCGAUAUUCAAGUCGCACGGGCCAUAGCGCCGCAGCCCACGAUGUCCGCUCCUCAUGCAUUUGGAGGACCAGUGCCUGCUCAGACUCUUACUCCGCGCGCAACGGGAGCUACAGCCUCUCCCUCCUCACCGACGCCCACGGUUGUCGUUCCUGCCUUGACCCAGCUUUAUCACCCGACGAGUGCACAGCGCGUGAACCACUUCUCUGUGUUCUCGCGACACAACUCCGUCUCAGGUACUUACCUAGUGGAUCCAUCUCUCCCCGCUUCGCCACAAACCACGACCUUAUCCGGCUUGAGCAUGCGCAGGAUCGAGCGAUGCAACCGUUCUGCCGACCGUGAGCAUGCUAAGAAUACACGCCGUGCUUUCGGGUCCGAUUCGGAGUCGGACUGCAGCAGCAGCCGUGGUUGGAAGGCUCGUACACCCGAGGUAAAUGCCGCGUUCAGGACUCGCCACGGACAAAUUUCCGUCGAUGUGGCGGUGGUGGGUCCGAACUUGUACUCCGCUACGGAUGCGUUGGGAAUGGUGAAGAACCAGCGAGCCCGAGUGAUGUUCUCGAGUCGUCAUGGAAAUAUCAGUGUGAAUCUGCGUGAGGUUCAACCCGGCCACUGUGUGGAUCUUGACGUCUCCACCCGUCAUGGAAACAUGGUGAUUUUACUCCCACCUACGUUCGACGGUGCUAUCGUGGUGCACACCCGAGGUGACCGCGAUCAAGUUCGAUUUCUGCAGGCCUUCGCCGAAUGCGCCCGCACUGUGCGUGCUCACGACCGCUCAACGCAGAUCGUUUUGUCGCCCAACGCCAACACCACUGGGCGGGAGGGUGAUGACCGAUGCCUUGUGAGCACUCGCCACGGUAAGAUCACUUUCGGAUUGAGCGGAUAUGAUAAAGCGGAUGGCGUGCUACUUGGAGGCGGAUUAUUCAAGAUGCUCGGCGACCUGAUGCAGAUGGGAAAAAGCUGGAGGUCGGUUUGA